CCUUGCUCGUUAGAAUCAUGCAUCAUGUUAUUAUCAUCAAGUACAAUUACAUUGAUUACAUAGGCUUCAUGUAAUCAUCAUCAAGAACAAGCAAAUUGAUUAAAUGUGCCAUCAUGUAACAAGAAGACAAUGAUGGAACCUUUCCCGGAGGGCAUUGAGUCAGAGGAGAUGCAAGGAUGGCAGGCAAAUGGCCUGGUCAGUGAGGUUAAGACGUGCGCACGAGGGUCUGUGAUCUUGGGUUUGAAGCUAUCGCCCGAGGGAUCCUACCUCCACCGAAUUGAGGCUAUCUUCGUCUCCACUCCGAAGGAUCGUUUGAAUGAGUUCGUCAAGAAGCUACGGCCGGACUUGAGGCUGUACGCCGCGCUGAUCACGACGACAGAUUUUAAUGCGGCGUAUGAUUUGAUUGUGAAGACGGAAAAGAGCUUGGACGAUUUGCAGGCGACCAAGAAGGAGGAUCGAGCGACAAAAGACCCGCGACCCGCGGCCAGCGCUGGGCCGAGCGGGAAGAGUUUUGGAUUCGGGGGAAAGAGGUACAAGAAGGGAUCUUCGAGUGCGCCGCCGCCUAAGAGGAGGCAUUUCAGGAGGCAUUGCCCAACAAACCCUAGCAGCGAGCUUGUUUUUCCUAGAGCUCCGGAUCAGCCUGCUGCAUCGCAUCCAGCACGGAGUCAGCAGUCUACAGCCGCAAAUAAUCAGCAGAGACCACGUCCGCAACAGACAGGUCGUGCACCAGCGCGUACCUACGCCAUGCAGGGGCGCACAGAUCCUAAUUUCGAUGUUAUCUUGGGUACGUUCAUACUAUUUGAUUCGGUUAUGCAUGCCUUGAUCGAUCCGGGUUCCACGCUCUCCUAUAUCUGUGUUGGCAUGCCUGCUAAUUCUACGAUCGUGAGGAGUGACCUUGAGAUACCUACCGUUGUAUCGAAUCCGCUAGGACAUAGCAUGCGUUUUCAUCACAUUUAUCAUAGGUGUCCGUUGUCCGUGCAAGGGAAGCAAUUCCCUGCAGAUUUGAUAGAGCUACCACACAAAGAGUUUGACAUUAUCCUUGGUAUGGAUUGGCUCACCGAGCAUGGAGCGGUGGUCGACUGCAGUAGUCGGACCAUAUGGCUGAGAGCCGAUGACGGUAGCAACGUGUCACUCUCCGGGGAGGUGUUCCCCAAGGCUCCCGAGUUUAUAUCGCCCAUGAGCGCGAGACGCUUGAUUUGCAAGAAGUGCGAGAUGUUCCUGUGUCACGUUCAGGAUAUGCGAAAAGAAUCACCACGUCAGCAGGACAUCCCUACAGUUUGCGACUUCCCCGACGUCUUUCCCGAAGACCUUCCUGAGCUUAGCGAGCGUAAGCUCGAGGGACCAGAUAUUGUGCAGGAUACCGAGGAGAAGGUUCGUGUAAUCAGAGACCGACUCCGCGCCGCUUCGGACAGACAGAAAUCUUAUGCAGACUUAAAGAGACGAGACAGAGAGUACAAUGUUGGUGACAUGGUAUUCUUGAAGGUUUCACCUUGGAAGAAGGUCCUACGGUUCGGGAAGAAAGGGAAGCUUAGCCCUAGAUUCAUUGGACCCUACCGCAUUCUAGAGCGAAUAGGAGCUGUUGCUUAUAGGCUAGAGUUGCCACCAGAGUUGAACAGGAUUCACGACGUCUUUCAUGUCUCCAUGCUGCGUAGAUACCGUUCAGAUCCGACUCAUGUGUUGCCGACCAAUGCUGUAACCCUCGAUGAGAGUUUGUCUUACGAAGAAGAGCCAGUUAAGAUCUUGGCGCGCGAAACUAAAGUACUAAGGAAUAAGACGGUACCUUUGGUAAAGGCAUAUCAUGUACGCGUCUUCCGUUCGGAUCUGAGAGCCGCACGACCUGGAUCUUCACCUUCAUCUUCGUCUUCAUCAUUUUCAAUCGUCGCCGGUCGUCGUCCUUCCACAGCACAGCUAGUCGCCGCUGCUUCCCCUUCGCCAGAAGUCCGUCGCUCACUGCCAGAAUCAGCGCCGCCGACCACGGUUCCCAAUCCUCGUGCUGCCAUUCGUCGCCUCCACUACCGGCGUCUGUCAUCCUCGCUGUCGAGUUACAGCGCCGCCAAACCGAACGCUGGUCACCGCCAAUUGCCUCCAGCCGCCGUCGCCCUUAGAACACCUCUCGCUCCGCCACUGUACGCCGACGUCCGCCACCGUCGCCGCAUCCAGCUGCUGCCCCGGAUUGAUACCACGGGCAGAUUAAUCUCCACGCCAGAUGAAUUGUUCGAUUCUGUGUUUUGACUCAAUUUGACCCGUUGUUCGUUCGAUUUCGUUGAUUUGCCUUCCGUUCGAGCUAUCGAUUCGAUUUCUGCGUAAUCCAGGUCCGUACUAUGAAGUUAAUAGCGUUUAGAAUAGAUUUAAUGGUUCGGA